CUACCCGACAACACGGAGUCCUUACCACCUCCCAAGCACGGGGGAGGCUUCAAGACCGGCGUGAACCACCCGAGUUUUGAAGACACCUCCAGCGACGCACUCCCACGCCGAAAGUCAAGCUGGCCAAAGCGCAAGAACGAAGUCCAAGAUGAGACCGAAUACGCCUACACGCUGGAAGACACCGACGACGGGAACAUCGAGGGCUCGAGCGGCUCACAGAGUUCCAGCACCGCGCGUCAGCAGCACAUCUACAUGAUUGUCGCGGUGGCGGUUGUGGCGAGUGCCUUCCUUGGUGUCUUGAUGAAAUUCGCUUUGCCUCAGGGUCACUCCGGACACCAUCAUUACGCGCGCAAAUUUGACCACAGGGUCUUCAUUGAGCCCGAUACGGAAGCUGCGUCACCAGCCGAGUCAGGCCCAAGGAAGUCACCAACCAAUCGUCCUGAAGAUACGACGACUGGUGUCCGCACCCGGAGGACCACGUUCACGUACGAAUGCCGCUUGGAUGCUUGUUUGUGGCAGAGUAGUCUCAUCUACAAAAAGAUAAACCAGUCCAUCGCUCCCUGCGAGGACUUCCAUGCAUACGUCUGUUCAAACCGUUGGUACGCAGAGAGCCUUGACGUGCAGGAAAGGCCCUACACUGUCAGCGGUCCGGGGCUUCUGAUCCUCGACGUCGCAAAGUAUCUGCUCCACCAGGCGGACAGACCGGCGAACAGUCAUCCUGCGUUCAUCAGGCAGUCGGCCGCGUUCCUUCGCGGUUGUAUUCACCAAGCGAACGCCAGCAAAGGCUUGCCGAGCUGGGGACAAGUUACCGAGAUUAUGGACACCUUCUCCCUCACCGGAUGGCCUUUUUUGACAGACCCAGAAGGGGUUAAGUUUCAGGCGGUACUCAUGAAGGUCGAUAAGGAUCUGGCCAUCUUUCCGAUUGUCAGUGUGAGUCUGCGCAAGCGGUUCGAAAACGAGGGUUAUAUGCUGCACCUGGACUCUCCCAAGCUGACUCUCGUGCGUCACCAGAUGGCGUACCUCGAAGAAGGAUUGCAAGAGUACAGCAAGAAGUACAUCAAGCGCGCUCUUUCCCUCCUGGGCAACAAGGCAAACUUGGAUCACUCGGCGGACGAUGUGUUCGAACUCGAGCGCAGACUGGACGAAGCGUCGCUCCCAGCGCGGAAAUUUGUCUCCGUGCUCAACUUGACUAUACCCAUCGUCAAUCUCAAGCGUACCGACAACCUAGAAUGGGAGACGUACCUCGUUCACCUACGACGCGGUUCGGACAAAGUGGUCGUUAUGAACGCGGCCUACAUAGAAAAACUUUCUGGCAUCCUGACCUCCACGGCGCUCUCGACUAUGCUGAACUACGUUGGCUUUCGUAUCCUGGUAUCCUUGUCCCCAUUUUUGUCCAAAGAAGCUGGCUUCCUCGUUCCGCUGAGCUACGACGACCACAUCCCGGGGUAUAGUUCCAGACUCCAGGCCUGCGUCCAUCAACUUGAGAGGCUGUACCCGUACGGCACACUUAAAGUUGCCCGCCUCUCAAUGGGGAACACGGUUUCGGAGCAAGUGCUUUACGACCAUAACCUCGACAGCCUCGUGCGUAACGUCAAAAGUGCCAUGAUGCAGACCGUGGCACACGCACCCUGGCUGACGCAGACCGAGGCCGACAUUGCGACUCAGAAGAUCCAAAACCUUGAAGUGGAUUUCAUCGGCGCCAAGGAGCACAUGGACACUGUGACCAAAUACUACGACACCAAGACGGAGGCAAAGUUCACGGCCAACUCGACCCUCAGCGACUACGUCACCCUCCUCAACGAGGCCACAGCUCGCUACUGGAGGUCUAAAGACAACGCGGACUACGACGCCCGCUACCACGUGUCCUGCCUGAGGCCCGGCUUCGAGUACAACGCCGCCAGGAACUCGUUGUACAUGCCGUACGGCGUCGUGGCCUCCCAGCAUCGCGCGUCCCAGUCCACGAUACCCGCCAUCCUGACGCCCUUCAUCGUGCCCUACCUGGUGCAGGGCAUGUACGAAGCCAUCGACGACAGGGGCUCGACCAUGAACGUGCGGGGCAUGCCGGAGAGCUGGUGGAGCAGCGAGUCUCUGCUGCGAUACCGGAAGCAGCAGCGCUGCUUCGCCGAAAGUUACCUGCAACACAUGCUGCGGUUUGGAGCCUUCCCGGGAGCCCCAAUGAUACCCUUCAUUCGCCGAAUGAUGGCCGAGACCGCGGCACUGCAGCCGUCCCUGGAGGUUUACAGUCGUGCCCUGGCAGAGCCGCACUCUAUGCAACGCAACUUCAGGGUACCCGGUCUGCCAGCAAUUACACCAGACAUGCUCUUCUUCGUCAACUUUGCCGCGAGCCACUGCGAUGCCGUUCGGAGCAGCGGUGGCCUUGGCGCUCUUGCGCGCCGGCAAGUCCAGCACAGGGUUGCCCUGCCAUCGGUCCUGAGAGUCAACGUGCCGCUUAGGAACUUCGACCGCUUCGCGGAAGUCUUCUCUUGUGCUAAAGGAAGCUACAUGAAUCCGGGAACCAAGUGCAAACUGUGGUAG